GGCCAGCGACCCGGAGGGGACCGUUGGGCGCAGGAAGCCUGACAAGUAGGAAAACACUACAAAGUGAAGAGAAAAUUCACAAGAAAUGAGCUCUGCUUUCAUUGGCUUAUAAUUUUUAUUUGUAUUAAUAACUGAUUGGUGUCAGAUCAUCUCUGUGGUCUACUGUGGUGAAAUUAUUAGGUUAAAGCUGGAAAAAAUGAAACAAUUAAAAAGAAAAAGAAAAAGCAAUUUUAGUGUUCAGGAAACUCAAACUCUCCUUAAGGAAAUCAGAAAAAGGAGAGACGUGCUAUUUUCAAAGCAACUUAAUACAACAAUUAAUGAGAUGAAACGGAAAGCUUGGGAGGAAAUAGCAGAGUGUGUGAAUGCUGUAGGUGAAGGAGAGCAAAGAACAGGGACAGAAGUGAAAAGGCGAUACCUUGACUGGAGAGCACUCAUGAAGAGAAAACGUCUGAAUGCAAACAUCAAAGUAGUAGGUGCUGGGUUUCACCUUCCUUCAUCCAAUUUAGAUGACUCUCUCAAUGAAGACAUGGAUGAGAAAAUGGGAUUUGCAAUUGAAUCUAGUUUUGAAUGGCAAAAUAUCACUGACUUCAGAGAAGCCGGUGGAUCUUUAACAGAAAUCAAAGUAGAAGAGGAAGAGGAGGAUCCACAGAAUUUUGAAUUUCCUAUUGAGGAAGAAGAAGAAAUUUUGUCCUCAGUUUUGCCAGAUUCAAAAAAGGAAAAUGACCUACCAGACUUCUCCCACAUUGAAGAGUUUGGCAAUCUGAGCUCUGCUCAAGCCAGGCUAGUUUAUGAAGAUUCUCACUUGCUUAUAAACCUGGAGAAGCAGAAGGUGGAGCUGGAGAAGCAGCGAUUAGAUAUUGAAGCUGAAAGGCUGCAAGUGGAGAAGGAACGACUGCAAAUUGAGAAGGAAAGGCUGCGGCACGUGGACCUGGAGCGGGAGAGGCUGCAGCUUGAGAAGGAGCGGCUGCAGAUCGAAUGGGAGAAACUCCGCCUGGAGACUCUGCAUGCUGAAAAACCUGCCCUGGAAAGGCAAACCCAAACAGAAAAACCCAUCAUGCAGCCUCUGGAUCUGGAAACAGAAAAGUUAAAACUUGAAAAAGAACGCUUGCAGUUAGAGAAAGAGAGGCUGCAGUUCUUAAAGUUUGAGUCAGAGAAGCUGCAGAUUGAGAAGGAACGCUUGCAAGUGGAGAAGGAGCGCCUUAGAAUUCAGAGGGAGGGUCACUUGCAGUGAACUUCUCAAUUGCAGUGUCAACAUUAGUGUUUUGGUGUUUGAAAAAUAGAGAUAGUUCUUUUCAUAAUACUGACAUUGUCCUAGAGGCUUAACAUUCUCCCGUUCAGAGUAAAAUUUUGACAUUAAACUGAGAAAAAGAAAAGAAAAGAAAAAAAAAACGGUGCUCAAUAUGUCAGUGUGCCUACAUAAAUGAGCUUAAGUGUGAAAUUAGUUUUCAGUGUAUCAGAACUAAGUGUUGCGUUCUCUAGUCUUCGGUAUUGUACUGUAUUAGUUUGGUGUCCUCAUAGACACGUGGAGAAGAAUCAAGGCUGAACCUUGUACUUUUUUCAAUGUACCGACAGCAAGGAAGGAUCAGAAUAAAUCAACAUAUGUUGUGAGGGCCUGGUGCUGAUGAUAGCCCACACAGUGAAUAUGUUAGAAGGCAACUGCACAGAGUUAAGAUGUGAUUAAGCUUAAUUUCCCCUUUUUUGGUGUUUUCCAUCCCCGCAAGUGGAAAAAGUGUUGAAGAGCUAUCUAAAAGUUAAAGUGUAAGUUAAAUUCACUGCAGUUGUAACUACAGUUGUUCCAUGGUGUGAACUAAAUGGGAAUGCAGAAAAUAGUACUCUUCCUUUGCAUGAAGUAUUAAUACUAGAUAAACUUACACAUCAACCAUACCUACUAUAAGCUGGACUGUUGGUUUCACCAGCUCAUUAAUAAUGCUAUAUGGAAUAUAGCACAUGUCUUAAUGUAGCAGAGGGACUCACUGAUUGAUCAGGCCUGCAUUCUGGUAAGUCUGAUGGCCCUCUGAAGUAAAUUGCUAGACCUGGUUUGUUUGAAAGACAGUAGCUGGUUAUGAGAGUCUCAGGAGUGCAGACACACAGACUGAGCACAGUCUAGGGAGCACUGAUCUUGAACACUCCUGAUGUUAGUUCUGCCUGGCCUGCAUUGAGGUCAUGUCUGUGAAGCAGCCUGAGGAGGCUUCUAUGGAUGACACCAUAUGGUAUGUUUUAAUUAUUCAAACGCUUAUGGUCAGUGCUGAAAGCUGUCAGUAUUUUUCGUAAGCAGCGUAUUAAUUUAAAAUAGUAAUUAAAAAAAAAAAAAAGGAAGUUUUCUAUUAUUUCAUGUUUAAAUCCCAGCCAGUCUUCACAUUUCUCAUCUUUCUGAAAGUGCCCAUCUUUUGUUGACUCCAUCUUGAAACUUAAGACUGAGAAUACUGAGUCUGAAUAUGUGUUGAGUGACUUACAUGGAUUCUUGUGCAAGUAAAUAUAUUUAUACCACUACAGGAUUACCUUUAUUCUGCAAAGAAAAUGUAAUUUUUUUAUUACUGAAACAAGUAUGCUUCUACAUUGGAAAUAAAUUGGA